GUGCGAUAUAGCAGGACGCGCAGCCCCGGCACCCGACAGCAGAGAGGGGGCGAGCCGGCGUCAUUGUCGCGUGGCACGGCGGCGGCGGUGCAGGAGCAGCAAGUGAGAGCGGGCCGGGAGCGGGCAGCAUGAAAGGGCCGUCGGCGGUCGGGCCGGCGUCGGAGGUGAUCCGCGAGGGCGAGCUGGAGAAGCGCAGCGACAGCCUCUUCCAGCUGUGGAAGAAGAAGCAGGUGGUGCUGAGCAAGGAGAGCCUGAGCCUCUUCUCGCCCGAGGCCGCCGCCAGCGGCGGCAGCGGCAGGGCCCGCGCCAAAGAGCUGCGCUUCGGCUCCAUCCAGAAGGUGGACUGCGUGGAGCGCACCGGCAAGUACGUCUACUUCACCAUCGUCACCACGGACCGCAAGGAGAUCGACUUUCGGUGCCCGGGCGAGAGCUGCUGGAACGCCUCCAUCACCAUGGCGCUCAUCGACUUCCAGAACAAGCGCGCCAUCCAGGACUUCAAGAGCCGGCAGGAGGCCGUCGAGCAGGCGGCGGCGGGCAAUCGCGACCGGCGGUUGGCUCGGGCGCCCUGAGCCCCGCGCCCUGCCAGUCCCCCGCGGACCAGCCUAGCCGAGAGCAUGACCAUGGAACACAAACAAGAUUUAUUAACUUGGAUUGUGAUUUGAUUGUGCUGGUGCAGGAAAUUAAUGAAGAAAAGCAAAGAAGGAUGAUGGAGGUUGCUGGAUUUCUUCCGAUCAAAUGAAGCUGCUGAAUUGAAUAGUUGAACUUUCACUGAAAAGCACUUGCAAACCAAAGACCCUUUGAAAAACCAAAGUCUGGUUAACCAAGCAAGAGAUCCAGCUUGCAAACUGCUAUUUUCUUUUCUAUUUAUAAGAGACAAUUCUGCACCAUUUGGUGGGGGAAAAUAUUUUAAAUUAUUUGUAAUAGCUUGUGUUUUAUAUUUUUGAUGAAUGUUUUAAUAUUUCUUUUUGUGUUCACAUGUCCAUUCCAGAUAAACUGUUCUUUUUAUCUUCAUAUCCCAAAUAAGUGUCAUGGACAGAAAUUUUGUAAUGCUCAGAGUAUUCUGAUUUUGGAAUAGUCUGAUAAAUGCCGUACUUUACAGACAUCUGCCCUCUGAGAAAUAUUGUCAUGUCUGGCUGAAAUUAUUUUCAAAUAGCAGCAGAAAAAUAAUGUAAUUGUGAACAACUAAUUUUGACUUGUUAAUGGCUAAAUAAAAUUUCACACUGGGUUCAAGA